AUGUUAUCCCUUAACUCCAAAAGGAACGUCAGCUUUUCUAUUGGCGCACUGCACGGGAAUGUUGCAACUUCGCCGGCGAUUAUUUUUCGCACCGUUUACCAAAUAAGUGAAAAACAACACUUACGUCAUACCGCGCGCUUGGAAUUAGCGAAAGCACGAAUACCGAGGGCCGAAGUGCGCGAUGGGAUUUCGCUAGUUCGAACAUACACUGGCGUCGUCAAGUUUACGAUCCGCCGUUUCGCGCUCGGAAAGACGUUGCGUUGCGGAGGUGUUGCGUUCGCGAACGCUGCUGGGCGACUGAGCCUGAGCGGCGAUUGUGCUACCCAACUUUGCCGCCCUCGGCCGCCCUCGCCGGCGAUGAUCGCGCAGGUUUCGCACACGGAGCUAUGUCACUGUCGAACUUGCCAGCGAACUUUCGGUUCCGCGCGGCUUUGGUUAUGCGUCAACAAUGUGCAGCUGCGGACAUGUAGCGCGCGCCGCAGUGCAACCGAACGGCUUCAUCGCACUCGAACGUUCUGUAGGUCUACAGGCGUCGCGUGUGAUUAUGGAAUUAGAACAAUACAAUGCGGGUCCGAGUUCCGGCGCCCCCUUCAAAAUCCC